GUGAGAAUGAAGUGAAAGUCAGCAGCUCCAUUUUGUGUGGAGUGAAAACUAAAAGAUUUCAGGAGUAAAAACACAGGUUUAAUUUAACACACCGAUGUUGGAGUGAAGUAAACGUGUGUCCUGCUGUAAUCUGGAGAAGGAGACAUGACCUCCAACAUGAGUGUGUCUGGAAAACAGGACAUAAAGAAAGAUGAGAGACUGAUGGAGGGAAAGAGAUCAGACUCACCAGAACCCAGCUGUGUCUCCAUGAAGAGUGAUGCAUCAAAGGAACUUCCAAUUGCCUUCAGAGACAGUUCUACUGGUGUGAGAAUGAUGGAGGGAAAGAGAUCAGACUCACCAGAACCCAGCUGUGUGUCCAUGAAGAGUGACCAGUCAAUGGGAUGUCCACUUAAAUUCAGAGCCAGAGACAGUUCUACUGAUGUGAGACCACAAAAAUCAAACAUCAGCAGAAAUCAGCUGGACUCUAUAUUCAAGGAGCUGGAACACAAAGUCAUCACUCUGAUAAAGAAUGAGCUGAAGAGGUUUAGGAAGCUCCUGAGUCCUGAUUACCCAGCAUGCACUGAGAGGGAGGUGGAGGUUGAGGAGGAUCUGCACAGUGUCAGAGACGGAGUGCUGAAGAUCACACUGCACGUCCUGAAGAACAUGAACCACACAGAUCUCGCUAACACACUGCACAACAAACUCGCCCCUGUGUAUCAGCCAAAGUUGAAGUCCAAGCUGAGAGAGAAGUUUAAAAGAAUUAAUGAAGGAAUCUCAAAGCAUGGAAGCUCAGCACUUCUGAAUGAGAUCUACACUGAGCUCUACAUCACAGAGGGUUGGAGUGGAGAUGUCAAUAAUGAACAUGAGGUUAGACAGAUUGAGGCAGCGUCCAGGAGACCAGCAACACAGGAGAAACCCAUCAAAUGUAAUGAGAUCUUUAAAGACAAGUCCAUCAGAACUGUGCUGACUAAAGGAGUUGCUGGAAUUGGAAAAACAGUCUCUGUGCAGAAGUUCAUUCUGGACUGGGCUGAAGGAGAAGUAAAUCAGGACGUCACCUUCAUAUUUCCACUUCCCUUUAGAGAGCUGAAUCUGAUGAAGCAGCAAAAUCUCAGUCUGAUGAAACUACUUCAUCAUUUUUUCCCAGAACUAAGAAAACUAGAAUCAAUAGACUGUGAGUCCUACAAAGUGGUGUUGAUCUUUGAUGGUCUGGAUGAGUGUCGACUUCCUCUAAAUUUCCAGAAGAAUGAGAUAUUGUGUGAUGUGACAGAGUCAGCCUUAGUGGAUGUGCUGCUGACGAACCUCAUCAAGGGGAAUCUGCUUCCCUCUGCUCUCCUCUGGAUAACCACAAGACCAGGAGCAGCCAAUCAGAUCCCUCCUGAGUGUGUAGACCAGGUAACAGAGGUACGAGGCUUCAGUGAUCCUCAGAAAGAGGAGUACUUCAGGAGGAGGAUCAGUGAUCAGAGCCUGGCCAAUAAAAUCAUCACUCACCUGAAGUCUUCAAGAAGCCUCUACAUCAUGUGCCACAUCCCAGUCUUCUGCUGGAUCUCAGCCACUGUUCUAGAACAAAUCUUGGAUGAAGCAGAGGGUGGAGACAUCCCCAAGACUCUGACUCAAAUGUACACACACUUCCUGAUCUUUCAGAUCAAACACAAGGACCAAAAGUACCAUCAGAAAUGUGACCCUGAUCCUCAGCAGACCAGAGAGACUAUCAUGGCACUGGGAAAACUGGCUUUCCACCAGCUGGAGAAAGGAAACCUGAUCUUCUAUGAGGAAGACCUGAGAGAGUGUGGCAUUGAUGUCAGAGAAGUGUCAGUGUACUCAGGAGUGUGUACCCAGAUCUUCAGAGAGGAGUCUGAGCUUCACCAGGGGAAAGUGUUCAGCUUCGUACAUUUGAGUGUUCAGGAGUUUCUGGCUGCUUUAUAUGUAUUUCUGUAUUUUAUUUCAAAAAAGAGAAAUGUGUUAGUGAAGCAAGAUCUUAAAAGUUUCAGUUCCAUCAGGAAGUCAAACAUGUCUGAUCUCCUCAGGAGUGCAUUGGACAAGGCCUUACAGAGUGAGAAUGGACACCUGGACCUGUUCCUCCGCUUCCUUCUGGGUCUCUCACUGAAGACCAAUCAAACUCUUUUACAAGACUUAAUGCCACAGACAGGAAGCAGAUCUCACAGCAAACAGGAAACAGUGAAGUACAUCAAGGAGAAGAUCAGGGAGAAUCCAUCUCCAGAGAAAUCCAUCAAUCUGUUCCACUGUCUGAAUGAACUGAAUGAUCAUUCACUAGUGCAGGAAGUACAAACUUACCUGACCAGAGAAGGUAACAGUCGUCUCAGAGGAAUCAGUCUCUCUCCUGCUCAGUGGUCAGCUCUGGUGUUUGUGUUACUGACCUCAGAACAGGAGCUGGAUGUGUUUGAAUUGAGGAACUAUUAUCCAUCAGAUGAAUGUCUUCUGAGGCUGCUGCCAGUGGUCAAAGCCUCCAGAAAAGCUGAUCUGUGUCGGUGUAAUCUGACAGAGGAAAGCUGUAGAGUUCUGUCCUCAGUUCUCAUCUCAAACUCCUCCAGUCUGAGAGAACUGAACCUGAGUAACAAUAAACUGCAGGAUUCAGGAGUGAAGCUGCUCUCUGAUGGACUGAAGAAUCCACACUGUACACUGGAGAUACUGAGUCUCUUUCAGUGUAAUCUGACAGAGGAAAGCUGUAGAGUUCUGUCCUCAGUUCUCAGCUCAAACUCCUCCAGUCUGAGAGAACUGAACCUGAGUAACAAUAAACUGCAGGAUUCAGGAGUGAAGCUGCUCUCUGAUGGACUGAAGAAUCCACACUGUACACUGGAGAUACUGAGUCUGUGGGAGUGUGAUCUGACAGAGGAAAGCUGUAGAGUUCUGUCCUCAGUUCUCAGCUCAAACUCCUCCAGUCUGAGAGAACUGUACUUGAGUUACAAUAAACUGCAGGAUUCAGGAGUGAAGCUGCUCUCUGAUGGACUGAAGAAUCCACACUGUACACUGGAGAUACUGAGCCUGCGUUGGUGUAAUCUGACAGAGGAAAGCUGUAGAGUUCUGUCCUCAGUUCUCAGCUCAAACUCCUCCAGUCUGAGAGAACUGGAUCUGAGUGACAAUAAACUGCUGCAGGAUUCAGGAGUGAAGCUGCUCUCUGAUGGACUGAAGAAUCCACACUGUACACUGGAGAUACUGAGUCUGUGGGAGUGUGAUCUGACAGAGGAAAGCUGUAGAGUUCUGUCCUCAGUUCUCAGCUCAAACUCCUCCAGUCUGAGAGAACUGAACCUGAGUAACAAUAAACUGCAGGAUUCAGGAGUGAAGCUGCUCUCUGAUGGACUGAAGAAUCCACACUGUACACUGGAGAUACUGAGUCUGCGUUGGUGUAAUCUGACAGAGGAAAGCUGUAGAGUUCUGUCCUCAGUUCUCAGCUCAAACUCCUCCAGUCUGAGAGAACUGAACCUGAGUAACAAUAAACUGCAGGAUUCAGGAGUGAAGCUGCUCUCUGAUGGACUGAAGAAUCCACACUGUACACUGGAGAUACUGAGUCUGUAUGACUGUAAUCUGACAGAGGAAAGCUGUAGAGUUCUGUCCUCAGUUCUCAGCUCAAACUCCUCCAGUCUGAGAGAACUGGACCUGAGAUGCAAUAAACUGCAGGAUUCAGGAGUGAAGCUGCUCUCUGAUGGACUGAAGAAUCCACACUGUACACUGGAGAUACUGAGGAUGAUUAACUGCAGUAUUACAGAUGAAGGUUGUGCUGCUCUGGCUUCAGCUCUGAGGUCAAACUCCUCAUCACACCUGAGAGAACUGGAUCUGUACUAUAAUAAUCCAGGAGAAUCAGGAGUGAAGCUGCUCUCUGAUCUGCUGAAGGAUCCACACUGUAAACUGGAGACGCUAGACAUUAAGUAUGAUACACUCACCAGGUCUGGUGUGUGACAGGAGUCUCUCCUCAGACCUUUUUUCCAGGAUAAAGCAGUUAUGGUGGUGAAGCAUUAGAACACGUCCCACAUUUCCAGCAGUUUGGGAGCUGAAUCAUUCAUAUUCAGAUGUAGAAGAUCCAUAACAAUAACUGUGACUGAUCACAUCCUUUUAUCCUCUCAGCUACAACUUCACACUUUAACAUAUUUUACAAUCCAAAGUCAAAUCCUUCAGCAUCUACACACAACACAGAGAUAUCAUCACAUCAUUACAAUGAUUACACAAAUACACAUCCAUGUGUUACAGAUGUUUAUACAUUAUUUUACCUCUUUAAUUGUGUCUCAAAUUUGUUUCUCUACAGAUGAUUGACUCACAGUUGUGAUCUUGAUUUAUUAUGUUGGCUUUGUAGAAGCCAACAUUCUGUUUUCCUACUUAAGCUUAGACAAAAAUUUAUAAAUUGUAACUCGUCCUAGGGCUUUUGAGCCACAUGCACCUUUCGAACUAUCUACACCCGGGGUGUCAAACAUAGGCCCGCUGGCGGAAACUGGCCCGCCAGGGAGUUCAGUCCGGGCCGGGGAUGAAUGUGCAAUAUGAAAACAAAAUCAUUUUCGUUUUCGGCGUAACUACCAGCAGAUGGUAGUAUUGAGCUUCAGGGUCUGAGUGGCAUUUUAGUCAAUAACUCAGGAGUUAUUGACCCGCUCCUUCAGUUCUCUCCAGCGCUGGAAAGCUGAUCCUAUAUUAACACUAAUUCCUACUUCUUGCUUUAUCGUAAGCCUUUCUUCGCUUUUUUCUUUGUUUUUAUCAUCCAAUUCAAUGUUUAAACCGCUUUCUGUUAAUGUCACACAUGCGCACUGAACACUCUCUCCGCCCAUAUUGACAAGACCCGCCCCUUUCUGCUCAUUGGCUACACGUUUGUUUUGAUUUUUGUUUUGUUUGGUGGCCCAACGCAGUUUUCUGAAGCAUUUCUCAAGUAUCGGAGACCCUGUCUUUACAUGAGAUUCUAAAAUUGGCUGCUACUCAGGACAUAAUGCCUGAUAUUGAUGCACUUGUGCAGGCUAAAAGAUGCCAAGUUUCAGGGGCAAAUUGAUCAAAUAAAUUUGUUUACUUAAAAAACAUACAUACUUACGAAUAAAUUAACAAUUUUUACGAAUAUUUUCUUUUUAAAACAGCUGCCACUUAAGAUUUUAAGUGUGUGGAGUCAAUUCAUGUAUUCAGCAUUGCUUCCCGGAAUUGGAAAUUGGAUUUUAAACAAUUUCUAUAAUUUGAUGUUUGAUUUAUGUUAACAUGCAGGACAGUGUUUUUAAGUUCCACAAAUCUGUGACUAAAUGUUUUGCACCACUGUACAAUAACUGUGUUCUUAUGUGUUCUUCUGUGUUCUUACUUAAAUAAAUGUUAAACUGGGUGAAA